AUGGGCGGUAACGGUGGACCAGCAGCAAUACACCACCAAUCGCUUUACGGCGUUACCGCCCUCGAAGCCUGCAUAAACAUCCUCAGAAUCUUGCAAUCUCCGGCCAACAGAAUCGCGUUAUCGCAUGAACUUCGCCAUGCAGCUCGCCUUAAAGAGGAAGAUUGGUCGCGAAAAAUUGGAUUCGCAAAAGUUUCUGUGGCUGAUAUCCCAUUUCCUUUCAUUCUUACGUGUUUGGUUAUCGGAGCUGGCCUCAGAGCAAAGGAUAGUUAUCAUGCUCGAAUCCACAAUCUUCCUUUCAAUCUAUCGUUUGAUGGGAGCGAUAACAACGACGGAAUUACGGUAUUUGAUGUCACUGAAGUGACGCAAGUGCGAUAUUGCUUCGUCAGUCUUGAUUCAUCUGAUAGCGACGAAGAGGAAGGCGGGGCUCCUCCAAAGCCCCCUGCCAUGACCCCACUUACUGGACCCCAAUAUCUUUGGGGAUAUUAUAGAAAAGAUGACCAAUCGAAUCAAGAAAGUUUUAAAAAUCUGGUUAAAAACUUUCAAGCUUUGCCGCUGAUUGAUGGCAGAGCUUUGCAUAGUGCAUGGCCUGACAAUUCGUGGAGGAUAACGGUACAGGAUGGUGGGGAGAGUAAAUGGACCCGUGUUGAACAGGUCGUGGCAGAGGGAGAAAUUUCUGGGCAGAAAGAAUCGAAUUUUGUAGAUUCUGAAAUUUCCAGCCUUAGAGCAUCCUCUCUUGUCAAGAUUCUUGAAAGGGCAUCGCUCCUUUCGGACUUCUAUCUUGCCGCCAAGUCAAAGCUAUAUGCUGAUCCUAUUGAUGUGUCGAAUUCUUCGUCGGCACGUCGGACUUUGAGCAGUAUUUUUAGAAAAGAAAAUAUAAUUGACCUUGGUCCCUUCGAAUUGACUACCGAGCAAAUUCUAGAAGUAUUGGAAGAAGCAUCUCAAGAUUCCAUAGAUGUUAUUAGUUUGAACUUUUCUGGAAACCUCAACAUCACCGAAUCAUUUCUCAAGGAAAUCUUCAUCAAGUUUCCUAGACUUGAAACAUUGUAUCUCUUAAACACCCCACAAAUUUCUUUGGAGAAGAAGAUAGGGCUACUAAGAGGAACUACAAUUCAACUUUACGACACAGAGCUUCUUGCAUUGCCAUUUGUGAAGGAAGAUGACGGGAUGAGGCACGGCUUCAAUAAAUUUGAGCUAAGAUUGAUUCCGCUCUAUGGUUACAUCAAACCAGUCAUCAACCAAAUGAUCAUAAUGGCAUAUUGUGAUACAAAACUGGCUCCGCGCGACACAGAUGGAGGCCUCAAUAUCGAUUCCAUGUUCGAUAAAGGCAUUUUAUUAAACAAUUUUGGUCGCGAUCAUGUUUGUAUACCUUUUGGAGGAGUAAAUCUCAAGCUGUCUGCGUUGAUAGCCGGGAUUGCUCAAUACGUCCAUUAUGUGAUGAAGCAACAGCCGUAUCUCGAUAUUGCAGUGAUGAAUGCUCCAGCAUCGAAUAUCGCAAAGCAAUUAGCAAUGCCUCAUAGUUUUGAAGAUAACGAGAAUUCAUUUGCAGUUAAUACUAUCUCUGACUAUCUCUACCGUACGCCAAACGACAGUUGGUCUCUAUCCCAUAUUGGAGGGUGGUGGAAGAAAUAUUCUAAAAUUGUUCCAGGUGAAUGGACUUUAGCUGUGAUUGGGGAAACUGCUAGUUGGGACGGCCCAAGGGAGGAAUGUGCAAAAGUGCGAUACGCUUUUGUGAGCGCUGCUCCUCCAACAGAUACUGAAGAUUCGACUCUAGACUCAUAUGUUCCGAAAUUCAUCAUCCGGGAUUUUCGUGGAUUCCUUGACAGUAUUAUCCCUGAUACUUCAGAUCAGCAACAGAUCUUAGAAAUCUGGAAUAGAGCUGUAGAACCGACUACUCCAAGUUCAGCCUUAAAGUUGAGUGGAAGACAAGAGGUGGAGUCACUGAUGCGUGCGCUUGUUUAUCCGGUGAAUGAUACAGGAGAAUUAGAGAAUCCAGGGACUAUAUCGUCAAGAUCAGCAAGUCGUGCAUCGUCAAUAUCAAUAGAUUGA